AUGUUUUGCUGCAGCCAAGUGCUUCUCCUGGUCGCCCUCGCCUGGCCUUUCCGCGGUGUCGCGUGCCAAAGCGAUAACUUAGGUCUCAGAAAUGGGUACAUCACCGUCAAGACACCGAAUUUCAAUGCCAAGAUCGUUCGCGAUGCCCAGGUGCUUGCGUCGCUAACCCCGGCGGGGGAUUCAUUCGACUUCCUGCCGUUCGAUUUGAUAUCGGCUCGGGCUGGAAAUGGCCAGUAUCAUUGGGGUGAUAUUACCUUCCGCUACCGCCAAGGUGGUGAGGGCCCCUGGAUCAACGGAGACUCUGCGGCCUCCCGUAAGGUUGUCACCUCUUACAAGGUCGGAGCAGGAGUUCUCGCUUCAUCAAAUUUGACCCCGACACUUCCCAGUGCGGGUCCUUUAAAUGUGACCCGCGAAUGGCUCGAUGUCUCCGGUGACCUGGGUUUACGAUUUACGAUCGAGAACUCGGGAACUUCUCCGGUCGAACUAGGCAGCUUGGGAUUUCCGGCCGAGUUCAACAGUAUUUUUACAAACCGAGCCGCGGCCGAUACGCAGCGUCUAUGUUCGUUAUCUGAUCCCUACGUCGGCAUGCAUGCGGGAUAUAUCCGCGUCAACCCCGUACGGGGAACCGGAGCUGCGCUCGUUGUGACGCCCCUGGGAGAUACUCCGUUAGAAGCCUACCGUAAUCUAGCUGAGCCGUCUUAUCAAGCUACAGCCUACGGCAGUCAGACUUUCGAGGGCUUUUACGAGUGGCAAGUCCUGAGCCGGGCAUGGGCCGAAAAGGAGUGGGCGGGUGUGCAACCGUGGAACGUGCCUUCAUCGAAGAUCCUGCAGCCUGGUGAAAAACUACAGUUUGGAGUUCGCUUUUCUGUCGCUAAAGGUGGUGUUCGUGACAUUGAUGAAACUGUCCGAAAAACAGGUACCCCCGUGGCUUUUGGUGUCCCCGGGUAUAUCAUCCCAAGGGGAUCCAUGUCGCAACUUUUCUUAAGGGCUGAUUCAAAUCCCAUAUCUUUCUCCAGCGAACCUGUAGAGUCCUUGGCGUUCAGCCAGCUUUCUGCGGACUCGUACGGCAUCGCGCCGUCGCCAACCUUUUGGGGUCGCUCUAGGCUGACCAUUGACUAUGAAGAUGGAAAGACUCAAACAAUUCAUUACUUUGUUACCAAGUCUAGUGCGGAAGCUAUUGGGGACCUAGGGAGGUUUCUUACUACGGAGCAGUGGUUCAACGACACCGCUGACCCUUUCGGUCGUGCUCCGUCGGUUAUGAGUUAUGACUACGAGACUCGUUCUCUAGUGACGCAGGACCCACGGGUUUGGAUAGCCGGACUUAGCGAUGAAGGAGGCGUGGGUGCGUAUCUCGCUGCGAUGAUUAAGCAAGUCAUCCAACCGGACGCCGAAGAAGUUUCGAAGCUAGAAAUGUUCAUUAAUAGUGUUCUGUGGGGAACUAUCCAGACAAAAGAUUUUGGUGUUAGGAAGAGUGUCUUCUAUUACGAACCAUCAGCUGUUCCGAAAUACGCUUACAACUCUGCUAUCGACUGGUCCAGCUGGACGUCAUGGAACAAGGAGGCGGCGUACGCAAUCGAUCGAGCCUACGACUACGUUCAUGUUGCAGCAGCCUACUGGUCAUUGUACAGAGUGUCACGGGCCUAUCCCGAGUUAGCAAAGAGUCACGAUUGGAAAUGGUAUAUCAACCAGGCCUACAGCACCGUUAUGCGCGGAAUGCAGUCAGAUGUUGGAUAUAACAGGCUCGGGUUAAUGGGCGAGACGGUCUUCGGAGAGAUCCUUACCGAUCUUACUCGAGAGGGACUCGCAACGCAAGUCGAUGCACUAACAAAAUCUAUGAGAUCGAGGGCUGCGCAGUGGGACUCAGAGGAGGUCCCCUACGGGAGCGAGAUGGCCUGGGACUCCACCGGCCAAGAAGGCGUCUACUACUGGGCGAAAUACUUCGGCUUUUCAAACACAGCAACCAAAACAGUAAACAGCGUCCUCGGCUACACGCCCACGGUCCCCCAUUGGGGCUGGAACGGGAACGCCCGCAGGUACUGGGACAACAUCUACGGCGGCAAGCUCAAGCGCAUCGAGCGGCAGAUCCACCACUACGGCUCCGGCCUCAACUCCCUAGUGCUCCUGUCCGCCUUCCGCAGCGACCCCUCGGACACGUACCUCCUGCAAGCCGGCUACGGCGGCUCCAGCGGCCCCCUAUCCAACAUCAACGAAGCCGGCUUCGCGUCCGCGUCUUUCCACUCGUGGCCCGACACUCUGAAAUGGGACGGUUACAGCGGGGACUACGGCCCCGGGUUUCUGGGACUGGUCCUGGGCUCCGGCACGUACGUCGCGCAGCACGCUACCUUCGGACUUCUCGCGUACGGCGGCGUCCUGUCCCAUGCCGAGAGCGGCAAAGUCGUCGUGCAGCCUAACGGUCCCAUGACUCGUCGUAUUUUCAUUGGGCCGCUUGGCGUGGCUAUAAACGCGGAUGCGGGAAGCAUAAGUAGUUUCAGCUACGAUGCUUCUUCCGGUGGCAUUUCCGUCGCCCUCGCACAACUUACCGGUACCGGUGCGCCGAAGACGGCCGCCGCGGUCCUGUGGGUCGAUCGGAGUGGGGACCCGAGCGCUUACCGUGUGUUGAGUCCCGAGGCGACGCAGGAGCGCGCGGGCUGGCGGAUCUCGCUGGCAGAUAGUGGUGAUGUGGUUGUUGAGUUGGUAAGGAGCUGA